AUGGCGAAAAACAGGGCUCCGGGGUACAGGGGUUACCAUAAGAGGAGAGAGGGCGAGUCCAGGAGCUGUGUGCGUUUCAGGUGCAGCCUGACCAACACCAUCCUGGAUGUUCUUCGACAGAGACCAGGCUGGGUCGAGGUCAGGGAGGAUGGAGAAUGGGAUUUCAACUGGUGUGAUGUGGGGUGUCUCAGAGAGAACUUUGACAACGCUUACAUGGAGGAGCAUGUUCGAAUUUCUCACUUCCGCAACCACUACGAGCUGACACGCAAGAACCUGAUGGUGAAGAACUUAAAGCGAUACAGAAAAAAACUGGAGCGUGAAGAGGGUCACCUGGAGGCAUCGAAAUGUGAUUUCUUUCCACGGACGUUCGAGCUGCCCAGUGAGUACCACCUGUUUGUCGAGGAGUUUAAGAGAAGUCCAGGCAACAUCUGGAUUAUGAAGCCAGUGGCUCGUUCUCAAGGGAAGGGAAUUUUUCUUUUUCGGAAACUAAAGGAUAUCAUGGAAUGGAAAAAGGACAGAAUGCGCUCUGAGGAACAGAGAGAUGAAGCUCAGGUCGAGAGCCAUGUUGCCCAGCGUUACAUUGAGAACCCCUAUCUCAUAAAUGGCAGAAAAUUUGACCUGAGGGUCUACGUGCUUGUAACUUCAUUUUUCCCACUCAAGGCAUGGCUAUAUAGAGAUGGAUUCGCCAGAUUCUCCACCACCAGGUUCUCCCUUAGCAGCAUUGAUGAUCAGUAUGUCCAUCUCACCAAUGUGGCAGUACAGAAAACAGCCCCGGACUAUGAUCCUGAGAAGGGCUGCAAGUGGCAGAUGCAGCAGCUGCGUCGUUACCUGACUGCGAAGCAUGGCCGAGAGGUGGUGGAGUCUCUUUUUAAAGACAUUGACAACAUCUUUAUCCGAAGUUUACAGAGUGUGCAGAAAGUCAUGAUCAAUGACAAGCACUGUUUUGAGUUGUACGGAUAUGAUAUUCUGCUCGACAAAGACUUUAAGCCGUGGCUGCUUGAGGUGAAUGCUUCUCCCUCUCUCAACGCCACCAGCCCAGAGGACUACCACCUAAAGUAUAGCCUGCUGGAGGACACGCUGCACGUCGUGGACAUGGAAGGUUGUCUCACUGGUCGGGAGAAACGGGUUGGUGGAUUUGACCUCAUGUGGAAUGAUGGCCCAGUCUACAGGGAAGACGUGAGCUUGGAGCCUCUGGGAAAUGGCUACCAGAUGGCUAAUACACAUCUUGGCUGUGUGAACGAUCGGAAGAAACAGCUGCAGAAGAUCUUAAAGCCACUUUCAGGACAGAAAAAAAUAUAAAAAAAAAAAGGGUUUAGAUACA